UCCUCUCCUCUACAGACUCCAUAUAUAUCCACCGUUCUUCAAACCUGGCUGACGUCGUCAGGCUUGCCCCAGUGUGUCUACUCAACUUCUAGUUUUGUGGGCUGCCGACGACGUUAAGUGAUUAUGACGUUCAAUGUGCCGAAUAUGGCGAAGCUUCCCGGUGCUGUAAGAGAUCUUAUCGUGUCGUAUCACGAGCUCAACUCCACAACCAUCGAUGAACUGCAUGAAGAACCAAGCCCGCUGGAGUUCAUGCGAUAUGUAGCUCGCAACCGGCCAUUCGUAGUCCGGAAGGGCGCCGAGAGCUGGACGGCGCGGAAGGUCUGGAAUGCGAAGUAUCUGGUCGAUGUCAUGGGUCGGCAGCUUGUCAAUGUCGCUGUCACUCCGCAUGGAAACGCAGACUCGGUCAUUGAACUUGAGGAUGACGGAUUGCUAUUUGUGAAGCCUUACGAUACCGAAGAGCCAUUCAACAAGGUCCUCGAGAAGAUUCAAGAAAAAGAGCGCCAAGGGAUAGAUGGGCCAGGACCUACCAGAUACGCCCAGACUCAAAACGACAAUCUCCGAAAUGAGUACAUGCCACUAUUCUCCGACCUCCCGAAGGACAUACCAUUCGCCCGAAUCGCGUUGGAAAAAUCUCCGGACGCCAUCAACCUCUGGCUAGGCAACUCUUGUAGUAUCACUGCACUCCACAAAGAUAACUACGAAAACAUCUACGUGCAGGUCCUCGGCGAAAAGCACUUCACGCUCCUCCCUCCGAUCGAGUGCGCAUGCGUCAACGAGCAGCUCAUCCCAGCUGCCACCUAUCAGCCUCGAGAACCCGCCACCCCCGAAUCCCCCCGCUCACCAUCCGCAGCCUCCGACAACUCCAUGUCUUCUUCACAAGUUCGCCCAGCUAUGACGCACGAUGAAGUUCUGGAUGACCUCGUCGUGUGUCUCGAUGAACCGGAGGAAAACGUGCCGUUCGCAACUUGGGAUCCCGAUGUUCCAAGUCAACGCGCCACGCCGUUCUCGCAGUACUCUAGGGCUAUGCGGGUCACGUUGAACGAGGGCGAUAUGCUGUACCUGCCUGCGUUGUGGUAUCACAAAGUGGCGCAGUCAGCGUCGUCUGAGGGCAUCUGCUGUGCUGUUAACUACUGGUAUGACGUUGAAUUCUCUGGUUCGUUCUGGCCGCUGUGCUCACUAGCACGUGGUGUCGGACUCCUGACGCUGGGAAGGGAUCCUCGCGAUGGAGAGGAAGAUGACGGCUAAGUGUUCUCCUUUCUGCUUCUGUGUUAGCGCUGUUGGAGUUCUUCAACCUACUAGUCUAAUUCAACAUGGAAUGUAAUAUUUAGGACUGCUAGAAUUGCAUAUGCUUCCAAAGGAAUGCUCUCACAUUGUUGAAGUACUUCGAUCCUUCAUUAACAGCUACAAUCCGAGUAAUGGG